AUGGAGUUAUUAUUGAAGUCCACAACAGUAAAUUGGGGCUUCGGUAAACAAGGAUUUCAGUGUCAAGUGUGCAGUUUCGUUGUACACAAAAGAUGCCACGAAUACGUCACCUUCACUUGCCCGGGAGCCGACAAAGGAGCCGAUUCAGACGACACGAGAACGCGUCACAAUUUCAAAAGUUGUACGUACUCGUCACCAACGUUCUGCGACCACUGCGGCUCCCUACUCUACGGCCUGAUCCAUCAGGGCCUCAAGUGUCAAGCAUGCGACAUGAAUGUCCACAAACGGUGCGAGGAAUCGGUGCCGAAUCUGUGCGGGUGCGAUCACACGGAGAGAAGAGGACGCAUUCAACUGAAGGUGUCCUGUGUUGGAAACAAACUUACCGUUGAAGUGAUCCAAGGCCGCAACUUGAUCCCGAUGGACCCCAACGGUCUCUCUGAUCCGUACGUGAAGUUGAAGCUGAUCCCUGAUUCAGAUAACGUGAAGAAAAAAACCAAAACCAUCCGCAGCAACCUCAACCCUGAGUGGAAUGAGACCAUCACCUUCGACCUCAAGCCGGAGGACAAGGACAGGAGGCUUCUCAUUGAGGUUUGGGAUUGGGAUAGAACCUCCCGUAACGAUUUCAUGGGUUCCCUCUCGUUUGGUAUAUCCGAAGUGAUGAAGGCUCCAGCAGACGGCUGGUUCAAGCUGCUCACUCAAGAGGAAGGUGACUACUACAACGUGCCAGUGCCUGAGGAAGGAGCUGACUUGGCACAACUCAAGAACCAGAUGAAGGCUACUAAUUUGCAGGCUCGAAGACCUCCUCCUCCUCCCGAUAGAGAGGUCCCACACAAUAUGGCGGCCGCUGACGUCAUACGAGCCUCCGAUUUCAAUUUCGUUAUGGUACUCGGCAAGGGUUCCUUCGGCAAAGUGAUGCUAGCGGAGCGUCGCGGUACAGACGAGUUGUACGCCAUUAAGAUAUUAAAGAAAGACAUUAUUAUACAAGAUGAUGACGUCGAAUGUACUAUGGUGGAGAAAAGGGUGUUGGCUCUCAGCGCUAAACCACCGUUCCUUGUGCAGUUGCAUUCCUGUUUCCAAACUAUGGAUCGUCUGUAUUUCGUGAUGGAGUACGUCAACGGUGGAGAUCUCAUGUUCCAAAUACAACAGUGUGGCAAGUUCAAAGAACCUGUUGCUGUCUUCUACGCUGCCGAGAUCGCCAUCGGUCUAUUCUUCUUGCAUUCUCGCGGAAUAAUCUACCGCGAUUUGAAGCUCGACAACGUACUCUUAGAUCAAGACGGUCAUAUUAAGAUCGCUGAUUUCGGCAUGUGCAAAGAGGGUAUAACAGGCGACAAAACUACGAAGACCUUCUGCGGCACACCAGAUUAUAUAGCACCAGAGAUCAUUUUAUACCAGCCGUAUGGGAAGUCAGUGGAUUGGUGGGCUUAUGGUGUGCUUUUGUAUGAGAUGCUGGUCGGUCAACCGCCUUUCGAUGGUGAAGAUGAAGAGGAAUUGUUCGCAGCCAUCACUGAUAAUAGUGUCUCCUAUCCCAAGACACUCAGCAAGGAAGCGAAGGACGCAUGCAAGUCGUUCCUGACCAAGAAUCCUCAGAAGCGUCUCGGCUGCGGCAUGCGUGGUGAGGAGGAUGUCCGGACUCACGCGUUCUUUAGACGUAUCGACUGGGCUCGUGUUGAAGCCAGGGAUGUACAACCUCCGUUCAAGCCAAAGAUCAAACACCGCAAGGACGUGUCCAACUUCGACAAGCAGUUCACUCAGGAGAAGACGGAGCUGACUCCGACCGACAAGCUGUUCAUGAUGAACCUCGACCAGACAGAGUUCAUGGGCUUCUCGUUCCUCAACCCGGAGUACGUCCAGCACGUCUGA